AUGUCGGUCAUCAUUUCAGAGGAAUUCAAUCCACAGAUACCUUUGAUUCUUGCUCAUGAUAAAAUCUUUCAAAUCCAAGUUGGUACUAAAAUAUAUAGACUUUCAGGAGCUUCCCUUUCCUCAGAUGCUCCUUCUCACUUUACAAACUUUUUUUCAGUGCCAGUAAACCAGGACAAAAUCUUAUUUAUAGAUAGAAGUCCAGAUAUCUUCGAUUUGAUAUACCAGCACUUACAGGGGUACCAAAUAAGUGUAGAUAAUGAUUCCCAAUUCAUUCAAAUUUACCUGGAUAGUUACUAUUUCAGCUUGAGAAGAUUACAGAAAUUUCUUGCUGAAGAAGAUGUAUUUGCCAACGUUGGGAAUGAAUCGUUCAAGAUUUCCCGAUCUCUAUUCACUCAAACUGGUAACUUCCCAAACUAUUUCACUAUUUCGUUAAGUUCAUUAUUGACAGAUAAUAUAGAAUCAAUUAAACUGAAAAACAUGAUCAGACCGCCUCCACAGAGAUCUGUGACGGUACCGAAUAGAUCUCCCAAAUUAUUUAGAGAUUUAUUGGAAUUGCUUCGGAAGAACUAUUUGGUCAUUGAAAAUGAAGAGCACAGAAACUCGUUGCUCAGAGAGUGUAAAUAUUAUAGAUUUCUAGAAUUGGAGCAGCAAACUAUCAAGCAUAAGAUCUUAAACAAUCCCUUUGGCACUGAUAAUAAGCAAGAGAUUGUCAUUGGCUUGAAAGAUUUGAGCCCCAAGGGAUUUUUUAACGAAUCACCUCCUGAUGGAUCUAGAGAGGUUGCAUUGCAAUACUGUAGGCCAUACAUAGCAAAUGAGCCUAAGCGUACUUUAAUAUUUCAAAUUGAUUCAGGCUGUGAUACUUACAUAAAGGACUACAGUGAAGUUAAGUUGAUCGUCAACAAGGCAGUGGGAAUUAGUGUUGUAAAUAUUACGAACAAACUAAGCAAUAGAAUGAUUCAAUUGUUCAAGGGGAUAUGUGAACCAUUUGAAGUUAAAACUAACGCAGAAACAGGAUCUCAAGAGAUUUCCGUACUUGUCGGCUUGAAAGAUUGUAAAUCUACCGUGAACGGAUUAGCUAUGAAGACAAAUUGGAUCUAUGGGUUACUAAAUGAGUCUAAAGGUGCUGAAAAUGACGAAGAGGUAACCACCAAGAAAAGAAAGCUGGAACAACCUCAUGGUGAUAUUUUAGAAAUUAGGUUAACGAAGUCAUUAUGGAAAAUGAUGUUUAGAGGAAAGAAAUUAAGAUUGCACUGUAUUUCUUUUGAAGGAUUGACCGAUGAAAGUGCUUUCAUAAAGCAAGAAAUUGACUUUUUAUAG